UAGGCURACAGUAUCCUUUCUGCCAGAAUCAGAUYAGUGCUGCUGAUGGCUUUGUGUAAGAUUUSCAAUUGCAUUAUGCCAUUACAUCAACUGAAGCAUCCAGCUCCAAGAUGAUCACUUGRACCUUGUGUCUCUAGGCUUUUCUGUAUUGUGUCAGGUUACGGUCAUGUGUUUUUGUGGAGAUUAAAGCAAUGCUGUGAUGCAAAGGCUUUUAAGGAUUUUUGCUUAAAAAAGACACUUAAGCACAUAUGAAGGAGCAUGCAGGUUCAGGGUUCUAGGAUAGAGCGGUCUGAUGAUUUCCUAAUGGUUUUUCUUAAUUGUUAAAUUAAUUCUCCUCUUCUGUUCAAAUUUCUCUUUGUAAUCAGAUUUGUUGGUUGUGGGAACCCUUGAUUUGUUCACUUGCUCUAAGACUUUGAACUUUAAUGACUCUUACAGACACCUGCUAUCAAUCCAGCUGUCUUUGAUCUUCAAUAAUCAGAUUAAAAGCAGAAAAUACUAGAAGCAGAGGAAUUGUUUGUGUUAUUUUUGGCUUUACAGAAGAAUAGURUGCUGUUCAAAAUGGCAGAUGCUACUGAUAGAGAGCUCAAAUGUUAACCAAGGCUGGCCACUGUUCCUCUCUGACACAGGGAAAUGUUGUUAUUUCCAGUUUCCUUAUUCACAGGUUUCCCUUCAUUGUAUUUCCCUUUCCCGCUUGUGGGAGAAGAGCCAUGAAGAACCGUUCCUCAUCUCCCCCUUUACACGUCCAUGUGGAUGAAAAYACCCCUGUCCAUGUCCAUAUUAAAAAGGGGCAGAAAACCACACCUACAAAAUCCCAGCAAAAGCAGAAACAGAAAUCAAAAGGGGAUGGUGUGCGAGCUGUGCGGGUGAAAACUAAGGCCCCUUGGAUUCCCCCAGGCAAAACACGUACCCGUGAUACCACCUUGAAAUGGGAGGAAUCAACUGAACCAGUGGAGGUUCCACCUAAUCCUGAGAGUGAAAGGAUGCAGUCAGUGCUGCGCCUCAGUGACCUGUCCACAGACGACGACGACGCUGCCGCUUGCUGCAAGAUCAACCAAUACGAAAAAAAAAUAGAUAGCCUCAUGAAUAUGGUAGGAACCCUGAAGAAAGAGGUCAAGAUGCAGCAAAUAGAGGAACAGGAACACAUGACAAAAUGUCUUCUGGAGCAGCAGAAGGAAGAGCUGAAUGAGGUCACACAAGAGCUGGUAGAAACUGAACAUGAGAACACACGGCUCCGGCGCAACAUCGAGCGCAUAAAGGAGGAGAAGGACCUUACUGUGCUACAAAAGGAGUGCUUGCAGCAGGAGAAAGAGUGUUURAUGUCCAAGCUGAAUGAAGCAGAAAGGGAUGGAGCAGCCGCUGCCAGACAGAUCCAUGCCUUGAAAAAUACCAUUGGGAGACUCAACAUUGAGAAACAUAUGAGCAGCACAGAUAUAAAUGCUCUAACAAGACAAAAAGAGCUUCUGCUUCAGAAAUUGAGCACCUUUGAAGAAACCAACAGGACACUCCGAGAACUUAUAGCAGAGCAGCGGUGCCGGGAGAGAGAUGCCCAGAAAGUACUGGACCGGCAAGCAGUGCUGCUGAAAAAGCUGGCUGACUCAGAUGCAGAGAACAUGCAACUUCAAAUCAGGCUUCAGGGAAAAGAAAAGGAAGUGGAUACUCUAGCCCUUCAGAUAGUGGCAGAAAAGGAGCAGGCAAAGAAAGCAAUUGAACUCUCCAGAUCUCUGGAGUCUGCAAAAGCCCAUUUACAAUCCCAGCUGCGGACCAAAGAAGCUGAGAACAAUCGUCUGGUCACACAGCUGCGGAAUAUGGAGGUCAGUGAUGCUCAGCGUAAGGCAGAGCUGGAACUCGCCCUGGAACAGCUGAGAGAUUUGAAGAUAAAGGCAGAUGAUGAUAAAGAGGCCCUGAAGAAAGCAGUCCGUGCACAGAAAGAGCGGGCAGAGCGGAGUGAGGAGUAUGUGCAGAAACUGAACGGCCAGUUAGCAGAAAAGGACAGCUGUCUUGUGGAUGCCCAACGCAAUCUUGAGUCCUGGAGGAGUCGCUGCAACAAAGCAAUAAAGGAGAAGGAUAACCUGGAACUGGAAGUUGUUACACUGAACAGCCGUGUUGCRGACUUGCUGGAAAAGGUGGCAAAGAUUCAGGAGCAGACGCGGGACGAAAAAGAAGCUUUGAUGGAUAAACUGCAUCAACAGACUGCAGAGAACAGUACUCUAAAGAAGGAAAAUGAAAGACUAAAGGCUGCUCUGAACUCAAUGGAGGACAAGCUGACCCAAGCACAGGGAGAAUUGCAACAGCUCCAGAACUCUAUCAGGAACUAUGAAGGGUUGAUUGAAAACUACACGGCACAGGCAUUGAAGGCGCGAAAGGAAGCAGAUGAGCUGGCAGCAAGACUGGAGAAGUGUGAAGAAGAGAACAUGACAAUAAGGGAUGAAAUGACCAAGGAACUUGAAGCGACACGCGAGAAGUUCCAGACUCAGCUUGCUGAAUUGGAAAAGUUGCCUGAGAUCCUAAAGUAUACCGAGACACAGCUGGCAGAAUGCCAUGAGCAGCUCAUGUGUUAYGAGAAGAAGAACACGGACCUGUGUGCCAUGAUUGCAGAUCUCCGUCAGCUGAUUGACCUUCAGGGGGACAAAAUGGAGAUGACAAGAGAGAGAUAUCACAGUGCCCAGGAGGAGAAAAAGCAACUCACCUUGAAGGUGGAGGAGCUAGAAAGAAAACUAGAGUCCACGAGUGCCCAGAACAUAGAAUUCCUUCAGGUCAUAGCAAAACGUGAGGAAUCGAUCCACCAGUGUCAGCGGCGGUUGGAGGAGAAGAGCGUUGAGUGUAGCUCCCUGGCACGUCAGCUGGAGAUGGCCAUUGAGGAUGCCAAAAGACAAGUGGAAAAUGCUCGAGAACGAGCAGUCUCCAGAGAGAGGGCAGCCCAGUGCAGGAUGUUAGAUUUGGAGUCCCAGCUGAGCAGGAAUAGAACAGAGCUGAACCAGCUGCGUCGAACCAGAGAGGAUGCAGAGCGCCGAUACGAAAGCCGCCUCCAGGACCUGCGGGAUCGGCUGGAGCAGUCAGAGAGCACCAACCGCAGCAUGCAGAACUACGUCCACUUCCUCAAGGCCUGCUACGACAAUGUUUUUAGGGAAAGUGUUUUCCUGGGCUCUCCCAGCCCCUCUCACUCUCUUAUCUGAGGGUAAUGCUCUCCUCACACGUUUUUUAAGCACACAGAAGGAGCUUUGUUUCAAAGCCAUAUUUACGUAGAAAACCAGAUGGCAUUUCAGGGCCAUUGUUCASCGACUUUUUUCUUGCAGAAUGAGAAAAUAAAAUUACGUUGGCAUCUGACCAAAAUGUGGGGUAUCAGCAAUACUGGUUUGGUGUUGGAGGUUGGUGUUACACCAUAAACUGAGCCCCAAAAUCAGGUGGGUUUGCAUAUGAUGGAACAUAUCCUUUUCAUCCUGUAAGUCCUGAUGGUUUCAGCUCUUAAAACCUGUCAGAGGUUUGUUGAGUGGGUUAAUUUUUAUAAGAGCUCUCUUCGUGCUUCACUUCUCAUUCGGUUUCUCUGGUGGGGAGAUCAUGUGGGGGUUUUUUGCUUGGGGGAUUUUUUAAAUAACUUUUUUAUACCAUUGGUGUGAAGCUGAAAAUAACUGAGGUGCCAGGGUUCUACACUCAGAAGAGAGAUUAUCUCCUGCAGAACCACCGUGUUUGUAAUGAUUUUAUAUCAGAAAUUAUGAGUUUGGUUUGGUUUUUUAUACUUGAUUCUUGCAUACUCCCUGAUCCAUACCUUAUUUGUGACUGUGAUGGUAAUGUUGCUUUACUCUUCUUACCCUGAGUUUCUGAUCGUGAACAUACUCAGGACUGAGYCAAAACAAUCUAAAUUUGAAGGAAAUAUUGUGGUUUAACCUCAGUGUCACUUCAGUUGGGAUCUUGGUGCAAAUGCCAUGUAAAUUCAGGAUGUGCGGUAUCCUGAUUGGUCUUAAACCAAUUAAGCAGCAGCUGCAGAUAGUCAACAUCCUCAUCAAAUUCACCUGGACCUUCUCCUGGAAAAUCAGGUCUUUUGUGUGUCAAGUCUCUAAAAUAUAUGUGCUUUCUGGUGUCCUGUUAUUUCUACUAAAUGGUUCUGAGGAGGGCAAAAAUAAACAUUGUUUUUUGGUCUUUUGGAUUGUAUUUAUAUGCAAUGUAAUGUGGUC